AUGUCCACCAUGAAAAACUUAUUGCGGCAAGGAUUGUGGUGGUUGGGUAUCGAUCGCGACGUCGAGAAAUUUGUUCGGAGCUGUCCACAUUGUCAAUUGGUAACAGCAAAUAGUAAACCUCUUCCAAUAACAGCAAUAGAGCUCCCGAACAACCCAUGGGAUUACGUGUCGAUGGAUUUCUGGUCCACGUCCGAAAUUCAUCACUUGAAAGCAUUGAUACUUAUUGAUAACUAUUCCAGAUUUCUAGUCGCUAUGCCAAUGGAGAAAUCAGACACUGAAACGGUUAAGAAAUCGCUUAAAAGAGUGUUUGAAACUUACUACCUCCCGAAGACUUUGAAAGCUGACAAUGGGCCACCUUUCAAUAGUGUUGAGCUCAAAAAUUGGUUACAGCAACAUUGGGGAAUAAAAUUAAUUCACAGUACCCCUUUGAAUCCCACUGAAAAUGGAUUAGUAGAACGAAGCAUGCAAGGUAUAACUAAAAUUUCCUCAAUAGCUAAACUGGAAAAGAGAAACUGGAAAGAAGUUUUGGCCGAGUAUGUAGCGGCUUAUAACUCAUGGCCACAUCACGUUACAAAAGUGCCUCCCGCAGAAUUAAUGUUCGGGAGAGUAGUCAGAGGAGUUUUACCGAACACUAAAACAGAUUUUAAACAAGGUAACGACGAUGAGCUUCGAGAGAGGGAUCAACUGGCAAAGUUUCAACGAAACUCGAGGGAAGAUAGGCGUCGACGAGCGCAAGAAUUACACAUAGCACCAGGAGAUACGGUGUUGGUGGCACAACAAAAGCGCGAUAAAACAGAUACUGUAUAUAAAAAUGCCUUUCAUGAAGUCAAAGAAAUAACGGGAGCCGGAAGAGUAACGGUUACGGAUAUGGUGUCGAACAAAACAUUCGACCGGAACGUCAAGGCUCUCAAAAAGUUUGUAGAACGCGAACCCACAGCUGAAUCAGAAAUAUCUUCUCCUCAGCUCAACCGUAGCGACAAUUUAUCGGAUAUAACCUCUACUCAAAAACGUGGAGCUGAUACUGAAACCUUCGAAUACCAGUCAGCAAAACGUCCAACCAGAUCGAUUCGACGGCCACAAAGGUUCUUGAAUGUUAUAAGUCAGUAA